AAAUGACGUGAUACUAAAUUUCUCCAAAUCUGUAAAGAGGAGACAAACACAUUUACAUCUGGGGUGGCCUGAGGGUGGAUAAAUUAAAAAAGCUAAUUUUCAUUUUCUGGUGAACUAUUCCUUUAAGGCAAAUCUCAAAGAUCCAUAUUAUUGCAAAAUAAAGAUGCUGAUCAUUACAGAUCUGCUACACCCAACCUUAAAACACACCCAACAGCAUUGAAUUUUAGAAAUCUUAUAUAAAAUCUGAUGUAACAACACCUCCAAGUUUACAAUUGUAGGUUAGGCUCAUCAGUUCUGUACUGUAUCAAUUUAUCUGAAAGUGUAUGAUCAUUUAUAUUACUAUUUACAAACUAUUAGAGAGACACACAUAGCUGCUUAAAGAAAGCAAAAUGUCCUUGCAUGAUAGGAGUCAAGGAUCCAGUGGCCUGACAGUUUUUUGUUCUAAAAUAGAUUGUUGAUUAAUGACCAUGUCAUUUUCUAUAUGGGGAAAAAAGGAUAGGGAGUCAGGGGCACCAGAGGGCAGGCAGAUAAGGCAUCUGACGGCCCUCAAGUGACUAGACACAAUUCCAUUCCGCUCAAUAUCAUAGAUUUUUCAUGUAUAAUCAAUGCAGUGUAAUUUUUGGGGGCAUUUAUGGCACUGAGGUCAAUGUCGUGUGGAACACAAUUGCACCUCUGGGGGAAAUUCACUCUUGCUUAUUUCCUUUGCUUGCAACAACAUGAAAAACAGAGGAAUAUAUCUAGUUAUUGCAUUUAGCAUUCUGGCUAAGUUCAGAUUUACUGAUAAAAUAUUGAACCAGUUGUCAUUUUUAAGACAUUGACAUAAAUAUUUUACCGCUUUGAAAAAAGAACAUUGUGUCUAAGAAUUUUACAUAUGAUUUUUUAAAAUUCAAUUGUGUUUCUUGCAUUAAUUAACUAGGAUUUUUUUUUAUUGUUUUGGCCAAAUGUAGACGUCAAUGUAUGUGUACCUUUAUAGGUUUGUUUUUGGCUCUGAAAUGCUGUCUCCUGUCUCAUAGUUGACUUGUGUCUCCUUUAAUAAAGCACUGAUUAUAGAGAAGGUGACAUGAGAAUUAGGAUGCAGAGUAGGUAUCAAGUGACUUAUAUGCUUCCUCAACUGUAUAGUGGCACAAAAGAAUCUCCUGUUGCCCCUUCAUCCAUAUCUCCAAUCAAACUUGGCUUGUUUCGGACCUUUGGUUUAAUCUUUAGGGGCUUUAGUGGCUGUCCACAAAAAAGCUAUUGUGUCUUACUUAAUUAUAACCUCAGAAAUGAUCUGACCUGUCCGGUGCCAGGUGCAGUGAAGUGUGCAAAAGCUUGCAUGCCAUGAGGUCCCAUUGGAUAAGGAAAAGAAACACUAGAUGCCCAUCGUGAUCGGAUAAGUGGAAAAUAACCUAACAAUGUUAGAUCUGAAAAAAAAGGCAGGGAAACUUCGGUAAAGACCUAAUGGAAAGUUUUUCCCUCCCCUCUUGGUUUCUGAGACUUCUGGGUACCCUAAAAAGGGAGCAAUAUGAGCCCCAAGCCUUUUUUUUUUGUUUGACUUUUUGCUUUUUCUCUUUUUAACUUUACUUCCCACACCACCCCUGUGAGUCUGAGCCCAUUCGGAAGGUUACUGUUCAAAGUCAGCAUGGAUCAUCCAGGAGGACACCUUGCUGUGGUUCUGCUCAUACUUGUUCUGGUUUCUAUGUCCACUGAAAACAACAUUAUCAGGUGGUGCACAGUAUCUGAUGCCGAAGAGCAAAAGUGUUUGGAUCUAGCUGGGAACGCCACAGCCAGGAACAUCCGCGGACACCUCCUGUGUGUGAGGGGCCAAAGUCCCACUGACUGCAUGAAGCAAAUAAAGAAUGGCACUGCAGAUGCCUCUACUAUGUAUGCUGAUGAGAUCUAUACGGCUGGGUUUUGCUAUGGCUUAGAUGUGGCUGUGGGAGAGUCUUAUAACGGUGUGGAUGGCAUUAAUUAUUACGUGGUUGCACUUGCACGGACAUCAUCUAGCGAUCUUUCACUGCUAGAGAUGCACGAACGCAGUUCUUGUCACCCAGGGAUGCGGACUACAGUGGGCUGGACCGUCCCCAUCGGCUUCUUGGUCAACACAUCGCAGAUCAGCGUGGAUGAGCAGUGCAACUUUCCCCAUGCGGUAGGAGAUUUCUUUGGCUACAGCUGUGUCCCAGGAGUCAAGGACCCAGAACAUGAUCCCAAAGGAAACAACCCAAGGAACCUGUGUGAGGCCUGCAUUGGGGAUGAGAACGACCGCCACAUCUGCGCCAACAACCCUCGGGAACGGCACUUCGGGGAGGCUGGAGCUCUUAGGUGUGUGGCCGAGAAUCUCGGGGAUGUUGCAUUUGUUAAGCACACUACAGUCUUCGACAACAUGCAGGGCAAGAACCAGGAGUCCUGGGCGCUGGACCUGGAGCUGGAAGACCUGAAACUUUUGUGUCCUGAUGGGAGAGAAGCUAACCUGUUCCAACACGAGAGCUGCCACCUGGCUGUGGUGCCAACCAAUGCUGUGGUAGUGCGUUUGGAGGACAAAUGCCGCGUUUACAAGUUCUUGGAACGUGUGCAGAAUGCAUUUGCCAAUGCCACUGAAGGAUUCUCUCUGUUCAGCUCGGUGAAUUAUGGGCAACCUGAUGUGCUGUUCAGCGAUUCAACCAAAAAGCUGCUGCGUGUUAUGGGGACCUACACUUCCUGGUUGGGGCCCAGUUACACCACCAUACUGAAGGCUUUUGAGUGUGAAGGUUUGUGUUGAUCUGAUGAGGAAAGAGGAAACCAUAGAUUUCCCCUCCAUCCUUCUCACACUAACUCUAAAGCACUCUGUGUAAAGUGUGUUACUCUAUAUGGGCUGAACGCCAGUUCUCGCCUGUGCUUUGUAGUACUGCUAUUACUGUUCUGUUCUCACAGUGUUUGUAUGGCUUCAUAUAUCACAUCUACUUGAUAUUACACCUCUUUAAGUCUUUGUUCCUGCCAUGUGAAAAAUAUAAAAAUAAACACUAAAAGAUGUAAACUUCUAUGCAGAAAAGAACCGCAGAGGAACACACUAUAAAUCAUGAAGGAAUUCUGCCUUUGUAAAUCCAAGUAAAUUCAUGACAAACCAACCGAGGAAUGCAAAAUACACAUUCUGCGUUCAGGGCCAAAGCAUACUUUAUGCAAGUACAUGAACGCAAGUGCUUUUAGUUAAACAGCUAAAAAAAUGUUUUGCGUAAUGUAGCAACUCAUAUUUUGUCUUCUACAGCAACUUUUUUCUCUCAGAUCAACUAAUGUUACAUACCUGAAUAAUAUUACAUUUGUUUUAAUGGCACAGACAUUGAAAGUUAACAAUCAUCCCUUUGGAUACUGAGAAUUAUUACAGCCACAAUGCAAGAAAACACAUUUAGAUACACUACAAAAAAUAAAUUUCUUAGUAUUUUUGUCCUUAUUCCAUAAAAAUAUCUAAAAAUUCCAUAAAAGUACAUUUGCUUGAGAAGGAAAAUGACUAAGUCUUGUUUUCUUGAACAAUUAUCAAAAUUAGGUGUGUUUGAUCUUAAAACAAGAAAAAUAUAAGCCAAUGGGUACGAAAAAUAACGUCAUUUCAAAGAGAAACCAAGUUAGUAUCUUAUGUCAUUUAAUGUAUCUUGAUUUAGGAAAGUUUAAAUAUUUGUACUGGAAAACAAGACAAAAAUAAUAAGUAAGAAAAUCUUUUUUGAUUUUGUUUUUGCAGUGUACAUAUUCAUUUGCAUCUGAGUUUGUGUACUUGCACAUAGUAUGUUUCUGACUUAAGUUUGAUCAAAGCUUUUAACUUGAAAAUGUUAUAUUCUUUGUGUAUCUGAAAUAGUGGUGUGCAGAUAUCAAGGGAUUAAAAAUGAGAAGAUACAAAUAAAUUCAAAAUAUAUAAAGAUAAACAAAGCAACACACAAUAGGACAUAAAAUGUUUAAAGGCGGACAGAUUUAUGGUUGGUUGUUACGUAACAGGUGCUUUAAAGGUGCUGUUUCCGGACCCUUCAGGAUAACACAUUACCAACUUGAACUUCAGUGUAAAUAGUCUUGUCACUCUUAGAUUUACAGAACCUUCUCUUAUUAAUAAAAAUCUAUGUUGACAAACAUUUGCAA